AUGGCGACCGAAGAAGCCAUCGCCGCCGGCCUGAUCGACUGGCUCAAUAGUCUGACCGUCGCCAACCCCGUCUACACCGUCCAAGACCUGAGUAAUGGCCAUGUUAUAUGGAAAGCCCUUCAGCAGAUCGACCGAUUUAGUUUCUCUGGAAAACUGCCUGAAGACCCGGAUACCGACCAGUGGAUCAACAAAUGGACAAACCUCAAACACAUUUACGAUGCCCUGUCUAUCUUCCUCCUCGAGGACUGUGGCCAGAGGCUACCCCAUCCGGCCGCUCGACCCGACCUCAAAGCCAUUGCCCAAUCCUCCUCUCUCGCCGACACUGUCGCCCUCCUCAAACUCCUUGUCGUUGCUGCCAUCAACUGCGCUGAGCGUAUCGAGUUUCUCAAGCAGAUGCAGCAGCUGGCCGAAUCCACACAGGAGGUCUUGAUGCAAACCGUCCAAGAGGCUGGAGAAUCUGAUGCUGAAGGCGAGGCGGAUUCUCAAGACGAGGGAACCGACAUGGUCCAGCAUGAUCUGAUCGAGCCCCACCAAGACCCUUCCUCUCCUCGGCGCUCGGUGGAGAUCGAUUCAGUCCUCGCCUCCGAAGAGCGCCUCGGGAAAGUCAUAGCAGACAAUCAGCGAAUAGCUCACGAGAAGAGAGAGUUACAGAAACAGUUGGACGAUUUUCACGCUCGCUACGAAAAACUACAAGAACGCUGUGACCUGGCUCAAGACGAAUUGAAAGAAACCGGGGAUCGGCUGUCUGCAGUUCUGGCAGGUCGCUCCGAAGGUCCACAUCGGCCGUUGGACGCAAAACAUGACACUCUCAUUGCAACUCUCGAAAAUCGAGUGGAAGAGACCGAGACCGAGAUCGAAGACCUGCGCAAGACCAACGAGGUGCUAAAAAUCAAGGCCGAGAAGGCGCAAAAGCUUCAGGAUGACUACGAUGAAAUGAAGAUUGAGCGAGACAGGCUUGCCCGAAAGGCGAAUACAGCCGAGAAGUAUCGCCAGAAAUUGGAAUCGAGCCAGGAUUUGGAAAAAGAUAACGCCAACUUGCGAACCAAGAUUAACGACCUGCAGAAUCAGCUCAAGCAGUCCGACUCGGCUCAAGCCACUUCCAGCGAUCUCCAAAGGGAAGUCGAUGAAUAUCGACGUUUGCUUCCUAGUAUCGAGCAGGAGCGGUAUGAAUUGAAUGAAAUGAAGAAGCGGUUAGAGUUCGACUACCACACCCUCGAGGCGAGAUAUCACGACACAUCAGAGCAACUAUCGAGACAGCAUCAGGCUGUAGAGGACCUGCAAAGUAGACUGGCAGACUACGAGGAUGGGGUUCCACAUGCUACUCGUGAAGAACCACUACCCACCGCUGUUAAUCAAGACCUUGAGAAAGAAGAGGCCGACUUUCUCGAGUCUGAAGCACGGCUUGCGGCUGCUCUUUUCGAAGUCGAUCCAAGUCCUACAGUCCUACCCGAAUCAGCCCCCUCAACACCCCCGACAGAACCUCCGUCGACUUCGGCCCUGCUGCAAAGCCUUGGAGCUGGGGGAGAUGAUUCGAUUUCCGAAGACGAACUCAAGGCCAUCAUGUCUGCCAUGCGAGCACAGGCACAGGCUGGUUCCGCUUCCGAACGAGAGUCCAGUCUGCGUGCCCAAAAGAAAUUGAUUGUUGCCGUUGAACGCCAGCGAACCAAAAACACAUUAUUACUCGAUCACAUUCAGAAACAAGACAUUACCAUUCGCGAGCUGCAGCAGCACCAAUCUUCAAAGCAGAACACAGAAUCCGAGAGCAAACCAGAACAAGAGCCUUUGCCACCUCCACCUCCUCCAAAGGAUUUACCGCUGGAACCUCCCGUCCGGAACGGCGAGGAGGACUUGUCCGAGCUCGAGCGCCUGACAGAUGAUAAUAGGAACCUGCAGCGCGAACUCAAGCUCAUGGCAUCCGCUUGGUAUGAACAGAACCAAAGGCUCGCCAGUCUCAGCUCGGCCGCAUUAGGUCGUAGUCGUGGCUAUGGUGGUGGGAAUGGCACCGAGUUUAGGGGUUUCCUUGGCCGGCAAAGGCGCAAAGUGGACGUUGUAACGUUUGCGCGGUGA